CUUCAACUAGUUAGAGUCGAUCUUUCAACUUGUUAGGCUCAAUUAUCCAUUCUAUUAUCAAUAUUUUUCAUUCUUAAAGUGUUUUUCCCUACGUUUUAUUGUAAAAAGUAAAAUUUACUUGUAUUUUUUUUAACAACAUGUAAGAGUGGGUCGACCCGCCCCGCCCCGUAACCGCGCGGGUUUUACCUGCCCCGACUCAUACGUAUGAGAAGCCAUCAAGACUUCCCUUAAACUUAAACUUAGUUAGGGAAGUCGUAACGAUUCAUCCCCCUAACAUCUUAAACUUAUCGUGGUGGCUCUUCACCACGAACCCGAAGUAGCGUGGGGCGGGGCAUGGGAAUUGAGGUACCCGCCCCGCCCCAUUGCCAUCACUAGCUAGCUGAGUAAUGUAUCGAAAGAUAAUUGAGAGUAUAAAAAAUGAUUUUUUUUAAGAUUCUUUCAUGAUAUGUAAAUUGAAAACACAUCACAGAUAGGGAUGGCAAUUUUGCCCAUACCCAUGGGUAUUUUACUAUCCAACCCAAUUGGGUUGGGUAUAGAUUCCAAAUAAAUGGUAGAUGGGUAGAGUUUGAUGGAUUUGUAUCCAUACCCAUUUACUUGGGUUGGGUUGGGUUUUUAACACAUGGAUUUGGGUUUGUACCCAUGCCCAAAGGCAAAUUACAGUUUGGUACCUAAACUUAAUAGAUAUGCAGAUUUAGUACCUAAAUUUAAUUUUUUUGCAUAUAUGUCCUCAAAAUAUCGAUGGAAAAUUACGUUUUGGUACCUAAAUUUUUUUGGUCUUACAUUUUGGUACCUAAACUUUUCAAGAUUUACAAAUAGGUCCAAUUUUUGUGUGUGUAGUUAAAACACUCUCAAGUAAAUGGAUAUCCAUAUCCAACUAGGGGUGGGCAUCGGUGCGGUUUUGACCGCACCACACCGUAUUGAUAUAAACCGCACCGCAUCGCAUCUUAAUCGGACCGCACCGCAUGUUCGACCGCAAAGUUAUUGGUGCGGUCAAACCAAACCGCAUAAAUUAGCAGUUUGGUACGGUUUAUACUGCGCCGCAUUUUGACUGCAAUUCAUUAUGAUUUGUACAUUAUUAAAUAACAUUGACUCUGUUUCUUUCCGCCAAAACAGAGCAAUCCUACCGUGUGUAAAUGCCAAUUUCUAUGGAUUUCAUCACAGAAUCCAGGACAAGCUUCGUCUUCCUGCAAAUCUCAGCCCACGACCGUGCCUUAACCCCCUGAAGAAGCCUGGAAAAUUCCUCAACUUCAACCUCCUGUAGAACUUCAUUCACAACUUCACGUUCCAAUCCAAAUCCCGAUCCACUUACUUAGCCAUCCAAGUGAAGUUGAACUCAGUGGAUUGCUACUUGUAGGGAAGUAUGAAGUCCCCUAAACACAUAGACCAAUUGGCGCCAACGAUCUCCAAUUCCAUGGUGAGAUGAGAGAGGAAAGAGCACAGUGGAUGAUCCCCACAGUGUUGUCUUAUUCGUAAUGCAGUUGUGCCGAACAAGAGAUUAUGACUCCAGUAAAGCUUUUGGUGAAAUCAAUCAUUUUGAAAUGUAAGGGUUUCAAGCGGAAUCUACUAGGAACACGAGUUAGCAAGCAGAAAGACGGAGAACUCUGUUGCCUUGCCACCAAAACAGAGCAUGCCAAGUUUCUUUACCCUUUAGCCCAUUCACCAUGUUUCUCAUUAGCUGGUUGGUUGCUUCUGCAGAAAUAUUUAAAUCUAGUCACAGUAUUUAAAUUUAGUCUAGCUAUAAUGAUCGGGAGUCGAGAACGGGUAGUCGAGAAGGACGAAUAAAUCUGCAAAGAGAGAAGCAUCAUGGUGGUCGAGAACGGGUAGUCGAGAGGGACGAAUAAGUCGGGAGUCGGACGAAGGCGAGAACGGGUAGUCGAGAUGGAGGAAUCGGCGCUAGCGCCGCGACGAUACUUGCUCUUGUGGUGAUGAAGUUGGCGCUGUCGUCGGGAAGAAUAGAUCGGGUUGUGUGGUGAGAAUUGAGAGGCCUCGCUGAGUGUUGGUGGGAGACAUAGGGAUUUAGCGGAUUGCGGUUUUAAACCGCAACCGCACGGUUUCGGUCGAUCCGUACCGCCAACCGCUAACCGGUUGAGAAUUAGCCGCAAAUGAAACCGCAAUUUAAAUGGUGCGGAUUGGAUUGACCGCACAAGCGAUUUGGAGCGGGCGGAGCGGUUUGGACCGCACCAAUGCCCACCCCUAUAUCCAACCCAUACCCAUUUGCAUUAUGAAAGCAAUAUCCAUACCUAACUCAAACCCAUCUACAAACCCCCAAACCCAUUUACACUUCAUCCAAACCCUACCCAUACUAAAUGGAUUUAUUUGGAUUUGGGUAAAAUUACCCAUGGGUGAGUAAUUGCCAUCCCUAAUCAUAGAUGUUUAUAAAAAAAAAAAUUUGAAACUUAUAUCAAUUGGUUACUUUAUUCCAUGAAUGAAAUACUCCAUCAUUAAUUUUUAAUUCUAUAUUUUAAAUAUUUACUUGAACGCACUAAUUUGAUCUUCUUCUCUUCCACGAUAACUAUCUCAUGCAUGUUAAAGCACUAAUAACGUCAGGCAAACAAAUAUUGACAGAAAUUGGUAUUAUAUAUGAACAAUAUUACUAAGGACUAAAUGAGACAAAACGGGCAUGGAUCUGCCAGAGAGAUCGAUCCGUGCAUGGCAUUGGCAAUACAAGCUGACUGAAAUCCACUGAGGAUUUCAUCCAUCCAAUGCUUGAUAUCAAUUUGAACUCUGUGUAGCCUGUGGCACUGUACGUAUUUCCACUUGUAAUUGAACUCAACUUCAAGCGGGGAAUUAAUUUGCAAUAAUUAUUAAAUUUCGAAUUAUAAGAGAGGGAAUAGAUCUCCUGUAAAAAGAAAAAACUCCGCCCUGUAUAUAUAUAAACACACGUACAGUCUACACACCCUGUAGUAUUUCACACACACUUCACUCGCUAUCAGCAAACCAAAUUUCUCCCUGUCCUCGCGCUUCCCUGAAAAUUCUCUUCCUCUCCCCGAGUAGAAAUCCAAGUUUAUCUCCGACGGCCAUGGAUUCCUCGGCCGGAGGAGGAGUCAGCGACGUGGAGGCGCAGAAGGAGCACGAGAACGAGCAGGUUUGGGAGGAGAUCGGUAAGCUGCCGCCGGAGGAGCGAGUUCACUACGCGGUCCUCAACCGAACUCCUGCCGAAUUGGCGAGCGUAGUCGGCGGCGAUGACAGCAGCAAUAAUGAUAUUCAGUUGGCGGAGAAGAUCGACGUCAGGAAACUCGACCGCUCGUACAGACAGCUGGUCCUGAGGAAAGCUCUCGCCACGAGCUCUCAGGACAAUCACAAUCUCCUCGCCGGCGUUAAAGACCGUCUCGAGAGAGUCGGGAUUGAGGUGCCGAAGGUGGAAGUAAGAUUUGAGAAUUUGAAGGUGGAAGCCAAUGUGCAGACUGGCUCUCGAGCUCUGCCUACAUUGCUCAAUUCCGUCCGCGACGCCGCAGAGUAUAUUUCAACCAAGCUACGGAUAUGCCGGCCUGAGCGACAUCGUUUGACGAUCUUGAACGGGGUCAGCGGCGUUGUCAAGCCUGGCCGGAUGACCUUGCUCUUAGGCCCUCCGGGAGCCGGAAAAUCGACAUUGCUUUUAGCUCUUGCCGGCAAACUUGAUCACAACCUAGAGGUAACCGGAAAUGUUACAUACAAUGGGCAGAGCAUAGAUGAGUUUUAUGUUCAAAGGACAGCUGCAUACGUCAGCCAAACCGACCACCAUAUAGCCGAGCUGACCGUCAGAGAAACGUUCGACUACGCUGCUCGUUGGCAAGGCGCCACCAAUGCCUUUGGCGUAGGAUGCAUGGAUGAUCUUGCCAGACUAGAAGAGGAGAACAACACCCGUCCAAAUCCAGCUAUCGAUGCGUUUAUGAAGGCCUCAGUGGUCGGCAGCAAGCAACACAACAUCUCGACGGAUUACAUUUUACGUGUGCUUGGCCUUGAUAUAUGCGCCGAUACCAAAGUUGGGGAUAACAUGCUUAGGGGUGUCUCCGGUGGCCAGAGGAAAAGAGUUACAACUGGAGAAAUGAUUGUCGGGCCAAGGAAGACACUAUUGAUGGACGAGAUAUCCACCGGGCUGGACAGCUCAACGACGUACCAGGUUGUGAAGUGCAUGGGCAAUUUCGUCCAUCUAAUGGAAGGAACCGUGCUGAUGGCUCUUCUUCAACCUCCCCCGGAGACGUUCAAUCUGUUUGACGACCUUAUCCUGUUAUCAGAAGGGCACUUAGUAUAUGCUGGACCGCGAGAGGAAGUUCUGGAAUUCUUCCAAUCCUUGGGUUUCCAGCUGCCCCCGAGAAAGGGCGUAGCAGACUUCCUUCAAGAGGUUACAUCGAGAAAGGACCAAGCACAGUAUUGGGCCGACCCUUCAAAACCAUACGAGUUCAUUUCAGUGCCAGAGAUCGCCAGAGCAUUCAAAAACUCCAGGUUCGGGGAAUCACUUGCCUCCGCGGUGUCCCUUCCUUACGACAAAGCCAAAGACCAUCCUUCAGCGCUCUCGAACACCAAAUACGCCGCGUCGAGGUGGGAGCUUCUCAAGACGUGCUUCACUAGGGAGACAGUUCUAAUGAAGAGGCAGGGGUUUCUGUACAUCUUCAAGACGGUGCAAGUCACUUUAGUCGGCUUCGUCACUUGCACAAUGUUCACCAGGGCGAGGCUACAUCCAGUGGACGAGAUCAACGGGAACUUGUACAUCGCUUGCCUGUUCUUCGGCCUCGUUCAUUUGCAGUUCAAUGGGUUUGCAGAGCUGCCUCUGUUGAUAGGCCGCCUCCCUGUGUUUUAUAAGCAGAGGGAUAACCUCUUCCACCCUGCGUGGGCUUGGUCGCUAGCCAGUUUCGUGGUCCGUGUGCCUUACUCGAUUAUUGAAGCUGUGAUGUGGACCGUCGUUGUCUACUACUCUGUGGGGUUUGCCCCCAGUGUUGGAAGAUUCUUCCGGUUUAUGUUUCUUCUGUUUUGGAUGCAUCAAGCGGCAAUGUCUAUCUUCCGAACCAUGGCUGCAGUUGCAAGGGAUCCAGUGAUCGCCAAUACGUUCGCUUCAGCUGCAUUGUUGAUUGUGUUCUUGUCUGGUGGAUUCAUCAUUCCCAAAGCUGUAAUGAAGCCAUGGUGGGUUUGGGCAUCAUGGAUCUCACCACUAACCUACGGUCAGCGCGCAAUUUCUAUCAACGAAUUUUCCGCCGAGAGGUGGCAGGAGAUGUCUGCUGUCGGAAACAUUACAAUUGGAAACAACGUACUCCAUCAACACAGUUUGCCCCCGGAGGAUUACUGGUAUUGGAUUGGACUGGGGGUUCUAGUGCUGUUUACAGUGUUCUUCAACCUCGUGGUGACCGCUGCCUUGGCCUACCUUCGUCCUCUUAAAAGGGCGCAAACCCUCAACCCAGUUGAUCCAUCCAAGGAGGGAAGUGAUCAUCAGUUGUCAAACAAAACAAAAGCUGCUGAAGGUCAUGAGCGCACUAAACAGACUGGAAUGAUUUUGCCGUUUCAGCCACUGACAAUGACCUUCAAUAAAGUCAACUACUUUGUUGAUAUGCCCAAGGAAAUGAGGAAACCAGGAUCAACGGAGAAGAGGCUGCAGCUUCUAUCGAAUGUGAGUGGGGUGUUCUCGCCUGGAGUUUUAACAGCUUUAGUUGGAGAAAGUGGAGCUGGAAAGACUACCCUCAUGGACGUGCUGGCAGGGAGGAAGACCGGUGGGCUGAUAGAAGGAGAAAUCAAGAUAUCCGGUCACCCAAAAGAGCAAAGAUCGUUUGCAAGAAUUUCAGGAUACGUUGAACAGAACGAUAUCCAUUCUCCUCAGGUUACUGUUGAGGAAUCCCUUUGGUUCUCUUCUAGCCUCCGCCUUCCCAAAGAAGUCAGCAAAGGACAAAGAAAAGAGUUUGUUGAAGAAGUGAUGAGACUAGUGGAGCUUGAUAGCUUGAGGCAAGCUUUGGUGGGUGUGCCUGGAAGUACAGGUUUAUCAACAGAGCAAAGGAAAAGACUGACAAUUGCGGUCGAGCUUGUAGCCAAUCCUUCCAUCAUCUUCAUGGACGAACCCACAUCAGGACUCGAUGCAAGAGCUGCAGCCAUUGUAAUGAGAACUGUUCGUAACACUGUCGAUACAGGGAGAACGGUGGUCUGCACUAUCCAUCAACCAAGCAUUGAUAUCUUUGAAGCCUUUGACGACUUACUUCUGAUGAAACGAGGAGGCAAGGUGAUAUAUGGUGGGAAGCUUGGCGUUCACUCCAAGCAUUUGGUAGACUACUUUCAAGGAGUAGAAGGAAUCCCUCCAAUUGUUGAUGGUCACAACCCCGCUACCUGGAUGCUCGAAGUCACAGCAGCUAGCGUUGAAGAGAGACUCGGUGUGGAUUUUGCUCAACUCUACGCCAAAUCAGAGCAGUACAGGGAAGUGGAAGAGUCAAUAGAGCAGCUAAGUAUCCCUCCAGAGGGCUCACAACCGUUGACAUUCCCCACAACGUUCGCAAGAAAUUCCUGGUCUCAGUUUCUGAUUUGCCUCAAGAAACAGAACAUUGUCUACUGGAGAAGCCCACAAUACAAUGCUGUGAGGCUUAUGUUCACCGUCAUAGCCGCCUUGAUCUUAGGCUCUCAGUUUUGGGACAUUGGCUCCAAAAGGGACACCACUCAAGCUUUGUUCACUGUCAUGGGAGCACUCUACUCCGCGUGCAUAUUUCUCGGGGUGAGCAAUGCUUCAUCUGUACAGCCGAUAGUCUCGAUAGAGAGAACAGUGUUUUACAGGGAGAAAGCAGCUGGACUAUACUCUCCAUUAGCAUAUGCAGCUGCGCAGGGCAUCGUAGAGCUCCCAUACAUUUUCGCGCAAACAAUUCUCUAUAGCUGCAUCACAUACUACAUGAUCAACUUUGAAAGAUCAGCUGGCAAGUUUUUCCUCUACGCUCUGUUCAUGUUCCUGACCUUCACCUACUUCACCUUCUACGGGAUGGUGACCGUGGGCCUCACGUCGGCUGAACACUUCGCAUCAAUAGUCUCCUCUGCAGCCUACUCGUUGUGGAAUCUGUUCUCCGGGUUUUUGAUCCCCAAGAACAGCAUUCCCAUAUGGUGGAGGUGGUUCUACUACCUCUGCCCAAUUUCAUGGACACUGCAGGGCAUAAUCUCGUCCCAGCUCGGCAAUUUGGAGUCCAUGAUCACGGGACCAGGAUUCGAGCUCACCAUUAAAGAGUACAUGAAGAGUAACUUUGAUUACGGACCAGAGAAAGUUGGUAUCUCCGUUGCUGCACUGAUCGCCUUUUGUUUCGUCUUCUUCGCCACCUUCGCUGUCUCCCUCAAAGUUCUCAACUUCCAGAAACGAUGAUGACGACCACGAAGAACACAGCAUCAGACUCUACUCUGCUUCAUACCUCGGUACAAGUCUUUUACAAUACGAAAAUUCAAUACUACAAGUCUAUAAUGUUGCUCUCAUAGCUUCUCUAGUUGGCAUUCUUUUUUGGAACAUUGAUUGAGUCUAUAAACUAGUCUCAGAAUC